UUAAUCAUAAUUUGCGCAUGCGCCCGUAUAACCUGCGAUGUAGCACUCAGUAGUUAAGCCUGUAGUCUGAGUCGAAAAUGUUACGUUCCGUUACACAUAAUGUCCCUCAGGGACUAGUGUCCCUGGUGCGUAAUAAUGUAGCGGCAUCAGGAUCUGCCGCUGCAUUGCAAGUUCAAACAAAGCAUGCCUCUACGAAGACGUCCGUGCAAGAGGCUAAGACACAAUUGCCAGAUAAGCCAAAGGUCGAGCCAUAUAGUCCUUUUCCAAAACCCAAUAACAUGGCAGAAUAUGUCUUAGCCAGAGCAGAUGAUUUACUGAAUUGGGGACGCAAGGGAUCAUUGUGGCCAAUGACCUUUGGUUUAGCUUGUUGCGCUGUAGAGAUGAUGCACAUUGCAGCACCUAGAUAUGACAUGGACAGAUUUGGUGUUGUGUUCCGAGCCUCGCCUCGACAGUCAGAUGUUAUUAUAGUUGCUGGUACAUUGACAAAUAAGAUGGCACCUGCUCUAAGAAAGAUCUAUGAUCAGAUGCCGGAGCCUCGAUGGGUUAUCUCCAUGGGAAGUUGUGCGAAUGGAGGUGGAUAUUAUCAUUAUAGCUACUCUGUAGUCAGGGGUUGUGACAGGAUAAUACCCGUGGACAUUUAUGUACCUGGUUGUCCCCCAACAGCUGAAGCAUUGUUGUACGGUAUUCUACAGCUGCAGAAAAAGAUAAAACGCAUGCAAACUACACAAGUUUGGUAUAGAAAGUAAUGUACAGUAUGCCUGACAGCUAUAGUAAUAAUUGUAUAAUUUAAAAGUAGGAUAAUGGACUCAUGAUUAAGCAAUAUCUGAGUUUUGUAUUAUCCAAAAAUGUGAUUGACAAAAUAAAUCACAUUUCAAUAAAAA